UACAGUCAGAAUAGUGUAAGCAGGGUUACAACGCGUGCGUGCUUAGUUCGCAUGAUCGAUACUCGCCGCGACCAAGGCAACAGCAGCACAGGCGACCCAGCGCGCAUCGGAGAUCAGUUAACCGGCGCUCGUCGUUCUGUGUCUAUCUGUACGCUUACCGUCAUGUUAAAUGAAAUUUAAUACAUGAAAUUUGGCUCUAAUUAUUCUCCCGGUACUCUAAGAAGUAUUGUAGGAAACGCUGAUAAUAGCGGUUGUGUGUUAUUGAGUGCAAGAACGGCCGUUUAUUGAUCGGCGAGCGGUGGUGCAGACGAGUGAAGGUACAGCUGCAUCUUCUGAAUGUGUACCGGGCAGCGACCAGCAGGCUGUAAAGAUUUUCACGAUAGGAGAUUGUGACCUUAUGAACCAUUUUCUUGUUUAUUGUGAAUCACUAUUUAGUUUCAUGACAAAAUCAGAUACCACCCAUCAGAACCUAUCGGAUAACCAUUCAUCCCGUAGACGUAAGAAGCAACACAACAGCCAAGAUCGGCAGCCAGCUUCGGCGGAUCCAACAGAGAAGCAGGCGGGGGUCGCGGCUGCGGCCUCACGGUAUCCGUGCUACGGUCCCUGCAAAAUUGAGAACAGACCAGAAUCUGGGAACUCGAAUUCCGUCGAGGCCAAAAGACAAGAGGAAUCUAAAGCUUAUAUUUGUAGCCAGGGACGAAGAGCUCUGCAGUACGAAGUGAAGAGACGAGCCUCCAUGGCGUCCGUAGUGCUCAAAUCUCUGUCCAUUUUGUUAGGUAUUUUCUUUAUUUUUGUGGGUACAACAAAGCUCACACCAAGAGUCAGCAAAGAACUCUACAAGGAAUUGCGGAAGGAGUUUGCGAGGUACGCCAAGGUGUUCCCGCUGGCCCAGGCCCUGGAGUACAAAAUCCCUUCAAAAUGGUACCGGCGCAUCGUCGGCCGAGUUAAGCAAGUGGCGAAUUUGACGCUGGUGCUGAUGAUGCUAUUCGCCACCUACAACCACUGGAUGGUUGGUGACAAGUUCGAGCGCAUCGCUCCAUCUUUGGUGUUCUUCUUCAUGCUCACCUGUCGCUUGGUUGUUGAAUUCCAAAUCAAGAGGAAAGAGCAGCAAGAAAGUAAAGAGAAAGCCGACAAGAUCUCCAAGUCACCAGAAGUUUUGGAUCAGGCGCCCUCCGCGUCAGCUGCACCAACGGGAAAAUUGGCUGCGCGGGAAAACCGCAAUCAUUCAGGAGCGUCAAACAGAACUAAAAAAGAUGAUUAAAGCUAUUCCGAUACUUGCUGUAAGUUAGCAAUCAUCAUUUUGUGUUCUUGGAAAGCAAGUUAUUUUAUGUUUGUCUUCGCCCAUUUAAAAGUCAGUUUUAACACUGUAAGUUAAUUCCAUGUAGUUUUUGGAAAGGUCUCAUAUUCGCAGAAUGAGUUGAAGUAGUUCCCAACUUUCGUUAUUAGAAUUUGAUUGUGGUAUAUACGUCAUGAUCCUAUGCUCGGGAAGUAAUUGCGGUGUGAUUUUUCUAUCAUUGUUUGAAGCCAUUAAAGGUGUGCAGCUUACAUUUUUACUAUAUCAAAUAGUAUGUCCAUUCCGAGUGCCCAGUAUUGUGUGAAUAAGGGUCAGCGUUUUCCAUGUAAUCAGUAUUUUUGCCAUUCAAAGGUACGAUCAUCUUAAAGUAUAAGACGGAUUGUGGUGCCGGACGCUCAAUGCCUCAGAAUUUCAUCCAUUAACGCAAAUAAAAUCAUUAACAUGUCUCCAUUUGGGAUUCAGUGGAAACUUUGAUACAAUUUUGGAGAGAUGGUGACUCCGUUUCUUGAUUGGUCAGUCGAAGUAAUUUAACAAUUUAACUUCCUCAACGAUCUUCUUCUAGUGUUCUUUGCAUUGCUUAGUUGGAACGUGCUUGCUAAUUUUUGUAACAGUUGUCACAUGGUAUUAGGACUCAGAAUAAGGACCCUGCUUAUCCCAUUAUCUAUGUUAACACUGUUGAGUCAAUUAACAGUACUUGCAAUGAUUACGAAAGAAUUUUCACUUCACAGCAGGGUAGGUAUACUAUACAUUAUUCGAUCUCUGGAACGAAAAUCUUUCAAAAUCAAUGCGUAUUCACAUGUGUAUUUUGAAUGCUUACAGCGUUGAAAUCAAUCAGAUAGUUCUUAUAAAUGGUGAAAAUAUCAUAAGCUGCUAUUUCAGAGAGACACUUAGAUUUUCUGAUUACAUGCCUCGUGUUUGCUUGCCUGUUGAACAUGCACACUAUAACAAGUGUAUAUUCAUUCACGAUGGCUUAAAUAUUUAAGUUGAAAUAUUGAUAUUGUGCACACACUUGUCAUUAGAUAAGUUUCUUCGCGUAAGACUAGAAUAUGUACGUUGAUUUAGAGCGCACUAAACAUUCUUGGCGUAUCGAAGUUAUCAAUUGUAUUUCAUAUGUCAAGUUGCGAUUCAGUUAGGUAGUUCAUUAUGAUACGAGUACUUUUUGGAUAUUUUGAUUUGACAGUUUUGCCUUGAUGCAAUUAUAAUUCAAGGUAUAUAACCUCCUUAGAAGUCCAAGUCUGUUUAUUUUUUAACAACAGUAUUUUGCGUUUCUUCUUUAAUAUUGCUCACGUCUUUACGCUGCAAGACUGCUCGCUCUCUAUUAAUAAUUCUUAUUACCCCCAAAAAAUUCAAAUUUGGGGUCACCCAAACAACUUUAGGGGGAAUUAAAAUUGCUACCAUAUUUCCACGGCAGUUUCAACUGCACAGACAAUGGCUGCUUCACAACAGUCUAUAGAUUCAAUUUUCGGUCUUCUUCAAUUUUCGGUCGGUUCUUUUUAAACAGCACCUCGUUUCAAAGACUCUUUCUUUUCUGUGUUGCUUGAAGUUCAACCUACAAAUAAUGACCUCUCAGUUGGAGAUGUGAUGACUAAUAAUCCCUUUCACCAUCGGAUUUGUUGUUUCUCUUAAAGAAACUAAAACUACGUAAAAAUGUCGAGUACAAACAUCGUGUUUUAAGCGAACAAAAAAACGUUUUUUUACUCAGCAAGUCCCGUCGGAUAGACACUAAAAUUUAUU